AUGCGCGGCCUUGGCCGACACAACCGCUGCGGUCGCCGGGGACCUCCCCGGCGCUUUCGCCCUCACUUUCUCUCCUCAUCCAUCUUAUCCUCUUCAUCCUCUCUUUUUAUCUCGGGUUGUCGGAGGAAGCCCGAGACUGCGCAACCUCCAGACCCUCCGCAGGUGCGCCCGUGCUCCGGCGACAUCUCCGCCGACCGUCGCCGCGCCAAGCGCCGCCGCGGACCUGUGCACCCGCUUGCUGCAGGCGAGCUUAGGUCGAGGAUGAUCGCCUCACCCGCGCGCAAGCCACCGCGGCACGCCGUUCCGGCCGCACAUCCCGGACCUCGGGACCACCCCAGGUCCCGCGCUCACCUAGCCCCCUCCGCGGAGCCGUCGCCGCGCGGCCACCCUGCAGCCAUCACCAGGUCUGCUCCGGACCGAACAGACUUGGUAACAUCCACCCAGCGCCCGCAGUCCGCUGGUCCACACCCGCGAGCUUCUCCUGUGUCGCCCGACUUUCCGGCCGGCUCUUCCGCCGCCUUGAUCGCCGCCCGCAGCCUGAAGCCUUGGCGCCAGCCCGCCUAUAAGGCCUGCAGAUCCGACGCUAGCUCGAGCGGCAACGCCCAGAGCACGCGGGCCGCCGCGCUGUCCCAGCCGCUUCCUCUCUCCUCCGCCCUGUGGCCCUUCCGCCUCGUCCCUCGACCUGCCCGGCGCGCCAUCGUGGCCAAGCAACCCCCCCUCAUACACCAACAACCAAGGACCGGCCUAGUGUGCGGGCAUGCCUUUCUCCGCCGACGCUACGACGCACGCGCCGCCGCCACAGGAGGGAGCAAUCGUGUUCCACCUCCCCCGACGCCCACCUGCCCGCCGUCGCGCGCCGCCGUGCUGCCGGAGGCCGGCCGGACAACCUUCUCCGCCGAAGCCGAAAUAGGGCUUAGUUUGGGAUGGUUUACUUUUGGCUUCCUGAGCUCCGCCGAUCUCUGCGAAAGGGAGGCGACGAUGAUCGUAGAAAAUUUCUGA